CGAACAAAAAGUGCGAAGAAUUGAAUUUGGAAGAUUUUGAGAAGAAGAAUUUGAGAAGCGAUUUUAAAAUAUUGGAAAGUAGGCCGUCCUCGUGGCUGGCCGAGAAUCUCUCAACGACGAAUUGUUUGAUGUCUCUACUUCCUGGUAUUGAAUGGUGGACGAAUUGGGAAUAAAAAGCAUGCAACGGUGACGCUGUGUUGUUAAAAAUAUGCGUGGUGCUUGAUGCCAUUCUUAAUAUUUGACUGGAAUCAUACGCUGUUAUUACUUACGAAACUCUUGCACACGACUGAUCGUUCCUCGAAAACGACAAAAUGAUGCUGAUCAAGAGUUUUUUCCGGAGGAUCAUCAAAGACUUCCGGCACAAGGAGUUGCUACCUCUUAAGAUGAUAUUCUUCGUUCAAGCAUCGACGCUUUAUGUACUUUAUCCAUAUUUGACGAUACACAUGAGGGAGCUUGGCAUAAACGUGGAAGAAACUGCCAUAAUGAGCGCCAUAACGCCAGUGAUCGCAAUGGUGAUGCCACCCUUGGCUGGAAUGUUCGCCGAUCGCGUGGGAAAUUUCAAAAUCUUAUUAUCUCUGUUCUCAUCGUUCGGCGGAGUCGCGGCCCUUUUAUUGCUGCUCGUGCCGAUCGGUAGGAUAACAGUGGAAUUUCCAGACAGAGUCGUUAUGGACCUCGGCUGUACAGGGAAUAAUGGGUUGCUUUACACCAUGAGCGAAAAUCAUCCUUGCGAGACCAGCUUGCAGCCCAAGAUCUUCACCAGGAUAGAAAGUUGCGGUUACAUGUGUCGUCUAGACGUUCGUAAUGACACCGAAGUGCAGUCAAUUUUGUCGUCAAGGCUGUACACGAUUAAACGAUACAACAUGGAAACUGGCGCGAAUUCCUCGUUCAAGUUUUCGAUUGCUCAGGAUGAAUUGCCACAGGAAAUAGAAGAAGACCUAAGGGAACACCGGAAGCUAAAGAACAACGAGUACUUCAGGACGUCGAUUCGUCAACUGUAUGCAAACGAGUACUUCUUUCCAUCGAAUCGACUGUACGAGUUCUCAUGCACCGUGUCGGGAUUUAUCGAAGAUUUCGAAAUAUCGACCCUAGAACCUGCCAUGUCGAACAGAAUAUACGAGAACCGAACUCUCUGCACUUUCAAUCCGGUUAUAUCACGAGAGGACAAUGCCAGUCAAACGACGAAUUAUCAUUCGUACAAAUCGAAGUUGAAAACGUUGGAAGCCACGGACGAAGAUCACGGGAUGAAACGACGAAGAUACAUAUCGGAAGAAAUCGCGUGGACAGGAAACGAAUUUCAAAAGAUCACUUGUGGGAAUCCUGAUCUGGAUACAGACAGGAUAUCUGUGACUCUACCACUUUUUAAUUACUCCUUGAGCUCCGAGCCUUACAAGAUCCUAAACGCGGAAGACUGCAACAAAAGAUGUAUCGUCACUGCGCCUCGUAAGGAGAUGUGCUCGAACAAGAAGACAGUGAUCGAGUACAACAUAGGAGUAACUUUUUGGAUGUAUUUCGCCAUUAGAGUGUUUAUCGGUGUCAUCGGUGGAACUACGUUUGCUAUGUUCGAGGGGGCGGUGAUCGCUAUAUUGCGCGAACAAAAGGCCGAUUAUGGUCUUCAAAGAAUUUAUGGCAGUAUCGGUGGCAUGAUUUCGUCGCCACUAUCUGGUCUGCUUAUCGAUUACGCGAGCACUGGCAAAGAGUACACGGACUUCAGGCCAGCGUUUUAUUUGUACGCAGGCUUGAAGCUUAUCUCAGGAUUGUUAAUGCUCGCCAUCAAUUUGGAAUUCAAAUCACCGUCUACGAAUGUGGUUCGCGACGUUUUCACCGUGCUAAGGAACAUCGAGGCCGCAGCUCUCUUUAUCGCCUGUUUCAUUCUCGGCACUGCUUGGGGAUACAUCGAAUCGUUCCUCUUUUGGUUGAUACAAGAUUUAGGAGGAUCAAGAUCACUCAUGGGCAUCACCAUAACCGUAGGCGGUAUUGCCGGUAUACCAUUACUGGUACUAUCUGGUCCAAUCAUAUCAAAGAUCGGCCAUGCCAAUGUACUUUUUAUAGGCUUCGUUUUUUACGCCAUAAGACUUUGCGGAUACUCGUUGAUAUACAAUCCUUGGCAUACUCUUAUUUUCGAAGCGUUAGAGUCUGUCACCUUGUCACUUAGUUUCACCGCCGCUGUUACUUACGCAGCGAAAUUAUCCACUACGACCACUGACAGUUCGAUACAGGGAUUAUUAGGCGGAGUUUAUUACGGAGUCGGCAAAGGUUCAGGAAGCUUGAUCGGUGGAUAUCUAAUGAAAGCCUUCGGCACUCGACCAACCUAUCGAAUCUUCGCAAUGAUAACUCUCAUCACCGGUAUAAUGUACUACAUCUUCAACGUGGCUUACCUGAAAAAGCAGCCACAAGUCGAAGGUAACGACAUCGUGAAGAAAAAGCCGAAGAACCUCGGCAAUCAAAACGGUGUUGAAAAUGGCAUCAUCGAGAUCGCUUUGGAGGAAAAGAAAGGCGCGAAAUACGACGAUGAUAAGAACGAAUCGAGCAAUCUAGCCGGAAUCGACAAUCAGGCUUUUAGCAAGGAAGAAACGGAUAAUCGAAAGACGAACAGUCUGGAAGCUAUCAAUAACGCGAAGAAUCUUGACAAAAUCGAAAAAAUGCCAUCCGAAGCGAGUAAGAAGAAAUUCGGUGUGAAGAGGUUGAAAAGGAUGCAAACCGACGAACGUGAUCGAGCGAAGGAAUGCUCGAAGCAGAACGGCGCGACGAAUCAAAGCUUUGAGAACGAUCAGUUUAGGUGUAACGUCACCGUAGAGAGACAACCGGAAGACAAGAAGUGACGAAGUUGCCCCACAGAUCUCGAUACUCUUUCCUUUCUUCGUUCUUUAUCGCGAAAUCACCUUUGUACCAUCGGACAGGUAUAACAUAUAAACGAGGCGUUGUAAAAAAUUGAAAUGCGAACGUAAUCUGGCGCGUGUACGGAAAUUUCACACUGUUCAAGUUUCUACACGUUGCUCGUUAGCGAAGGUUGCCGAGUUAAAGAUGGAUUGAUGUUGUUGGGAAUUAUUCGAACCUAAUUAAUAUCUGCACAGAAUUCGAGAAAUUCCGGUGAUCGUUAUCGAUUUCGUCUGAAAGAAAAGAAAUGCAAUUUACAUGUUUCUAUAAUACGAAGUAUUGAGAGUAGUUACAAGUUAUAACAUGAUCCAGCGAUUGCAUUUUUGUAAUGAUUAAAAGGAUAAUUAUUUGUACUUUACUGCACCAUCGAAUAUCAUCUGGAGUAAACAGCCGUUUUUUGAACUAAAUAUAAACACUCGAAUGAUCCGAUUUAAAUCCCAAUUGGAGAAGAAAAGGAUAUUAGUUUGAAAAAUUUCGUAAGAAGAUUCAAACAUAUUAGAUAAAAAUAUGCUAUAAAUAAAUGUAUUGUUAAUGAUCGUAUAUGCGAAUUUAAAGUAAUGAUUGAAUUUGUUACUGUUCGAAGAAUUAUAAAAAGGUACACCAAUCCAAAGUGUUAAAAGUUGUUUAUCCAUAGUUGAAUCUCCCCCGAAAAAUUUCUUCGGGAUUACUUCGUAACAAAUAGCAUCGUGCAUGUACUUCACACAAUGUCAGAUAUCGAAUUAAUUUUAUUAUACAUUUUUAAGCAUUCGAGAACGCAUAUAGAGAUGUGAAAUGUAACAUUCUACUUGUACUAAGCCUAAGGUAAUGUAAAAUCUUUAUUUUAUACGUAUUUUUUCCUAGGAUAACAUCAAAUUAGUAUUGAUAUUACGUGUAAAAGCGAUUUGUAAUAAUUUUUGCAAUAGUGAUACAAAGUUGUUAUACUAUUAAUAGAUGAAUCUAUUUGACGUUAUCGUAGGAAAUUGUGGAAUUAUUACAAAAAUUUAUAUGAUUACUAUUGUUAGAGAUGUUAAACAGCAAACGCCGUACCAUUAAGAAGUGGAGCUUUAGAUUUCUAAUUUAAAAUUAUGAUGUAAUCCACACAACUAAAUUAUUGACAUUUCACGUAAAAAUUAAUUUUCUCUUGUUUUAAAUAUUCAAAAGAGUUCUCUUAAAGUUAAAAUCUUUGUUAACGGAACAUUUAAUUACAUACCAUAUAAUUAUAAGAUGUUACAGAAGAUAUUGCUUUGUAAGAUAUUAAUUUAUUAUAAAAGAGUGAACACUAGUAGACAAAUAUUGGCAAUAUUCUACUUUCAAGAAAUAUAUAUUUAUUGUUAUUGAUACUAGAAAGAAACAUGAAUCUCAUCGAAGAAUAUUGGCAAUUCUGAUAUAAUAUAUAUAUAUAUAUAUAUUCUUUUUCAAGAAAUAUUAAUUACAAAAAUAUAGUAUAAAUAUAGUUGUAAUAAUAAAUUACCCUAAGUAAAUGUCAUUAUUAGAAGCAUUAUGAAAAAGAAAUAAACGUUAGUGAUAUAAAAAUACUCAUGCUGACAAGUAUAAUACUAAUUACGACAGUAAUAUGGGAUAUUAAUAUUCCAAAUAUCGUAUAAAAAUAACAUUUAUUUAUAACAUUUAUUAUACUAAUCGGUUAAUUAAGACGUACUAAUGAAGUAUUGCAAACGCGUGUUUUCUAACAGAACACGGCACAUACUCAAAUAUCUCUAACAAUAUGAAUUGUAGAAAUCUUUUUUAUAAUCGUGUAUCAAGGUAAUCGUAAAUUGUAUAAAAUUUUGUGUAGAAAUUAUUCACAGAAAUCGAUUAGCCAUACAGGGUGAGUCACCUAAGAAUUUGAACUGAAAUAUUUUCGAUACUACUAAUUAUACCGAAAGAUGUUUCAGAUCAAAGGUAUAUGACUUCAAGGAGGAUAUAUUUCGAUGUUUCUAACUUUUCUGUAGAUGAACGCGUAAAGCUCGUGUGGAGAUCAACUUUGCUAUUUUAAAUGGAAUUAUAUAUUUUUUAAUAGAUUCUACAGCAUCGAAAUUAUUUCAGCUCAAACUCUUAGACGAUUCACGCUGUACAGUAACAAAUUGUUUCUUAAUAACAGACUUUAAAGACCAAGGGAAUGAAGUAUUAAUAUGUAGAAGCAAGUUGUCAAAAUAAACUCAAGCGUGUUAUAAAAUUAUUUUUAAACGAUAAGAAGAUAAUGACAGUUCUCCAAUGGGAAACCAUAAUGUGAUAUAAUUAUGCAGGAAAUAGCGCGUAAUUACGAGUCUCCAUAGUGUACGAUAACCGAGUUACAUCGUUUAUGAGCAGGAUAAUUAAGAAAGGAUUACUCUGCUCUAUCGUAGUUCGAAUAGAAAAAUAAACGAAAAUAUAAAUAACCAA